CUGGCCCACCAGUGGGACCUCGGCCUUAACUCGCCGCUUGCGACGAAAAAAUAACACAAAACAUAUCCUUUGAGCCGCCGCACAAGCUCCCGAGCUCACGGUCAUGGCGAUGGCGGAGGCGGAAAGCAAUGGCUUCGAGUUCCUGUCGGAUCCGGUCGACAGGUUUCCGCUGAUGGAUCUAUCCGGCGGCAACUGCAUGCCCUCCAACGAAGCCAUUGAAGCUCUGAUCUGCGCCCCGUCCGAUUCCAGUAUGGGCGACGCUGGGGACAGAGCGCUGACAAUGGAGGCGGAUUUGAACAGUACUUGCGAUGAUGUGCCCCUGUCAGCGCCACCUUCAGAGCCGUCAACAGGGAAAGACGAUCCUCAAGGCACCUGGCUGGACAGAGAGAAGGACUCCGUUACCCUUCACAGAGCACAUCAUGGAAAGAGCACAGAAGUACGUAGGUCAAAAGAGACGAUUGCGACAGAUUGGUUCCUUUUAUGUAGAUCAUAAACCAACCAUGUAUGAUAGCUUUUAGUUAUCUUACCUCUUCUUCGGAAAAUAUAUAUCUCUAAUGCUAAUGCAGCUUAUUGCAAUCUUGUAUUGUAGUAUUUUCAGAUCUUAUUCUAUGGCAAAUAAUGUGUGAGGUUUCAGAUUCUGUAAUUUUGUUACUGUUCUAACUGAGCAUGGAUCCAUAGAUGUGAAGGGUUGCAUGAAUAUUGGCCGGAAUGGAUCCAUAGAUUCUGUAAUGUGCUACUUCUUAUUUU